AUGGGAAAUGCCACGUUCCGCCAGCUCAUCGAUCAUAAGCGACCGGAGUUGGGCACCUUCGAGCAGACCUAUUGGUACUCGAAUCAAUUCUGGAAAGGACCAGGAAGUCCCGUCGUGAUCUCCACCCCCGGCGAGUCCAACGCCAGCGCCUACACCGGCUAUCUCGGCAACCGCACCCUCACCGGCGCCAUUGCGCAAGAAAUCGGCGCCGCGACGAUCGUCCUCGAGCACCGCUACUGGGGCUACAGCUCGCCCUUCCCGGAACUCACCACCGCCAACAUGCAAUACCUCACCCUCGAGAACAGCAUCCUCGACCUCACGAACUUCGCCAACAACGUCAAACUGCCCUUCACCCGCGCACGCACCAACGCCGACGCCGUCCCAUGGGUGCUGGUCGGAGGCUCGUAUUCCGGCGCCCUCACGGCGUGGACGGAGAGCGUGGCGCCGGGGACGUUCUGGGCUUAUCUCGCCAGCAGUGCGGUCGUCGAGGCGAUUUCGGACCUUUGGACGUAUUUCGAUCCGGUCCAGCAGGGGAUGCCGAAGAAUUGCAGCAGUGAUGUUUCGAAGGUUAUCGAUUACAUGGAUAAUGUCCUCCUCCAUGGAUCGAAGAAGGAACAGUAUGAUCUCAAGGCGAAGUUUGGGCUGGAGAGUGUGGAGCAUAAUGAUGAUUUCAUGGGCGCAUUGGAGAAUGGCCCGUGGCUUUGGCAAGGCAACCAAUUUUACAGGACGCAGGGAUUUUUCCAAUGGUGCGACUACAUCGAGAACUCCGUCAACCAAACCAACAAAGCCCUCCUCCCGGGCGCCGAAGGAGUCGGCGUAACAAAGGCAUUGGAUGGCUACGCCAAAUGGUGGAAAGAAGUCUUCUUCCCCGGCAACUGCGAGUCUUACGGGUACUUUGAGGGAACCUACAACACCGAGUGCUACAACACCUACAACGCGAGCAACCCGAUCUUCACCGACACGAGCCUCAGCAACACGCUGGACCGCCAGUGGCAAUGGAUGCUCUGCAACGAACCCUUCGGAUACUGGCAGACCGGGGCGCCCAAAUCGCGGCCCUCGAUCGUCUCCCGACUCAUCACCCCGGAGUAUUUCCAGCGGCAGUGCGCGCUGUACUUCCCCACCGGCCCGCAUGGCGAGACGUUCGCCUCCGCCAAGGGGAAGACCGAAGCGGACGUGAACACCUACACGGGCGGAUGGGACCACGUCAACACGACGCGGCUGGUGUUCACAAACGGCCAGUAUGACCCGUGGCGCGACGCGACGGUCUCGGCGGACUUCCGCCCCGGUGGACCGCUCCAGAGCACGGCGGAUGUUCCCGUGAACGUCGUCCCGGGAGGCUUCCACUGUUCGGAUCUGAGCAUCAAGAAUGGCGAUGUCAAUGCUGGCGCUGCCAAGGUCCAACAGGCGGAGAUUGCGCAGAUCAAGAAGUUUGUGGAUCAAUGGCCGGGCCCGAAGAAAGGAGGCUAUGGAUCGCCGCCACCGAAGACGUACGGUGGGAAAUGA